AUGCAUUUCCAGACGAUUGCUAGCCUUUUAGCGCUGUCUGGCGCAGCGAACGCCUUUCACGACUCUUCGCCUUGGAUCCUUUUAUCAACCUCUCCCUUCGCCAAAGCUCCCAGCGCGGACCAGAUCCAAUCGAGCUCUUCAGUACUAGGCUAUGCUAGAGAUGUGCUGUCGACAUGCCCGACCGAUCGAUAUCUCAUUGUUUCUCAGCCUGGCUUAAACGCCGCUGACCUCCGACGGUCCAAUGGCUGUGCCAUGCCACACCUUUGCCAAGCCGUCGAAGACAGCCGAAUCAACGGCAAAGCCGUAGUAUCUGAAGUCGUUGGAGACCUGGCAGGUGCUGACCUAUCUGAAUACAUCAGAUCUGCUUGUGCCAAGAAGGAGAAACAAGUUACCGUAGACGAGAUCCGCCUAGCCGCCUUGUCUUUAGAGGAUAGAGCUCGAUCAUUCUCUGACAACGAUGAUACACUGGCACGCAGCAUCGAGAAGACCACGGCAGACAACAGUUACACAAUCGUCGUUUUUUCUACGCCACAUGAGCCAACUUACGAGCCCGAUUUUGUUGACCCCGUCCGCAUGGACCUCAAGAGACACGUUCAGAGCGCACAACUGCAACAACGAGACAACAAGACUGACUGGGACAAACUGCCUCUGUUUGAGAAGUACCAGUUCUUCACUCCCGGUAUUUUUAUGGCCCUCAUCACCGCCAUUGUUCUGCUUUCUAUCCUCAGUGUUGGACUUAGGGCUCUUGGUAGCCUUGAAGUUUCAUAUGGUGCAUUUGAGAAAGACAUGGGGCCUGCUGCACAGAAGAAGAAUCAGUAA